AUGGCGGCCCCGGAGGCGGCGCCCGCUCAGCCCGUCUGCUGGGGCCGCGUCCUCGAGGCGCUGUGCCGGGAGGAGCCCGUCGUGGAGGGCCCGGACUGUCGCCUGGAGCUGAAACCACUGCUGCUGCGAUUGCCCCAGUUAUGCCAGAGGAACCUGAUGACCCUGCUGAUGGCUGUUCGGCCAUCGCUGCCUGAGAGCGGGCUCCUCCCUGUGCUGCAGAUUGCACAGCAGGACUCAAGCCCUGACCCUGAUACCUGGCUUAGGGCCCUGGGAGAAUUGCUGCAAAGGGAUCUGGGUGCUGGAGUCUCCAUUGAGGGAGCGUCCCCACUGUCUAAGAGGUGCCAGAGACAGCUCCGAGGCCUGUGUGGGCAGCUGGGCCAGGGGGACAGGAGGUUGAAGUUGCUUCCAGACCCUGAAGAGGAAGAAGAGGAGGAGGACAAGGGCUCCCAGCAGCCUGGGAAACGCAGAAAGGAGCCAGAGGAAGAACCUGCCAGUCCUGAGGAAGAGAGGGCCCCCAAAAGGUUCCGGUGUUUGGACAGGGAGGAAGAGGAAGGUCAUGAGGAGGAGAGACCUGAACAUGAAGCUUUGGAAUCCCCGGCAGGUGGAGAAGGCGCAUCACCCAUUAAGAACCAGCCUGUCGUGGGGGCUGAGCCCAGUGAGGCUGGUCAGAGUCUGGAGGAUGCUGAGGGCCUGGCUGAGAGUUUGGAGUUGCCCAAAGCUAUCCAGGACCAGGUUCCCAGGCUGCAGCAUCUGCUCAAGACCUUCGGGGAGGGCAUGGAGGGGUUGGAGGGCACCUCCCUGGCUGAGCUGCAGCUCCUCCACGAAUGCAGUCCUGGCCAGAUGGACGUGCUCUGUGCCCAGCUGCAGCUCCCCCAGCUCUCGGACACAGGUCUCCUGCAGUUCUGCACCUGGCUGCUGUCCCUUUCACCAGAUCUUAGCCUCAGCAAUGCUACCGUGCUGACCAGGAGCCUCUUUCUUGGACGGAUUCUCUCCCUGACUUCCUCAGCCUCCCGCCUGCUCACAACUGCCCUCACCACCUUCUGUGCCAAGUAUACCUACCCCGUCUGCAGAGCCCUCCUUGGCCCCGUGCUCCAGGCCCCAGGAACAGGUCCAGCUCAAAUAGAGUUACUGUGUUGCCUUAUGAAGGACGAGGCCCUGGAGCCAGACAUGCAGGUUCUAAUGCUGGGACAGAUCUUAGAGCUGCCCUGGAAGGAGCACACUUUCCUGGUGUUGCAGUCACUCCUGGAGCGGCAGGUGGAAAUGACCCCGGAGAACUUCAGUGUGUUGACAGAGAAGCUCUGUAAAGAGGGGCCAGCGGCUGCCACAUCCAUGGCCUAUGCCAAGCUCAUGCUGACAGUAUUGACCAAGUAUCAGACUAACAUCACUGAGACCCAGAGGCUGGGCCUGGCCGCAGCCCUAGAGCUCAACGCCACUUUCCUGAGGAAGUCUCUGCAGGCUGCCCUGAGACAUCUGGCCCCCUGACCAUCCACCAAGGGGCCACCCUCCUGGAGCUUCCUCACCAGUUUUCUGAAGGACACUUCUGCCCUUAGCACCUCACCCUGACCCCUUGCCUUUGGGUAAAGGCUGAGCCUGCCGUCCCAGGAAUCAACUGCCUCCCUGCUCCAGGCGGCAGAGGGACCGUCUUGGCCUCCCAGCCAGCAGGGAGGGUCCUGGGCUAAGGGGGCUGGAUGAGUCCAAGGACUGCUGACUCUGGGCUCGCUCCUGUCAUUUCUGCCUCAGGCUGCAGGGACAGAAACUUUCCGAUAGGCCUCAGUAGGGUCAAAGCAAACCCAGAGUAGACAGAUGAUGCUCCAGGAGCCCUGGGGGACCUGUGU